UCUAAACAAGAUAUUAUUGUAUGUUUUUAAUUAAUCAUUUGUUUGUUCUUUUUUGCUCAAUAUUUAUUUAUUUAGAAUGAUUUAAAAUCAAUUAAACAAUCUAAAUAUCCAAAAAUGAAUUUCAUUAUUCAACCAUUAAAUUGUCAAGCUAAAUUAAAAAUUGCUAAAACAGCUCAAGAACAAGAUUUUACAGAAGCUGUUCUUAUUACUAAUAUUGAUUUUGAAGAUAUUUAUUUGAAUAUUAAUCGAAAUCAAUAUUCAGAUUUACUUGAUGUACUUGAAUUUCAAGAUUAUCUUAAUAUGAAAUCAAAAUAUAUUCAAUAUUAUACAAUUCUUAAUGAUAAUCCAUAUGAAAGAAUAAGUUUAAGACGAUGGAAAUUUGCAUAUACUGCUAUUCUAAAUGAACAUGUUCGACCACGUUUAGCAACGUUUAAAUGGGAAGUUAUUAAAGAAAAUUUGAAUAGAUAUAAAGAAUAUCAUGAAAUUUAUUUUCAACAAUUAAAUCAUAAUAAAAAUGACAAACGUGCUCAAGAAUUAGAAAAACAAAUUGAUCUUUUUAAUUUAAUUUAUAUUCGUCGAAUUGCACAAAUUCAAUAUGCUAAGAAAAAAAUUGAAGAAAAAGAUCUUUCUUGGUGGGAUAAAUUAGUCAAUUGGUGGAAUUCAAAUGAAAAUCAAGAUAAUACAGGUUGUAUUAAUUAA